AUGCAGGUUAAUUUUUUACGGUUGACAAUCCUAGCUGGUUGGAUUUUAUUUCUAACAAAAUUAAUAGAAGUGGACAAACCCGGUGAUUUUUAUCCUGGAGGACAAGAGCAGCGUUGGAGAGAUCGAGAGUUAGAAGUCCUCAAAAAGGUGGAACAGGAAAAGAGACAAGAACGGGAUGAGAUACGUAAAAAGCUGCUUGAGGAGAAAGCAAAGCCAAAGACGGGCGUUAAACGUCCGCAAAGAACAAAUGCUAGUGGUAAAGCUCCUCCCGUACAAGCAGCUCCACCUCGCCCUUUGAAAGCUGAAGUUCGGCGACUGCCCGCUGGAGAAUUCUACGCUGUCCGUGAAGUAGUGGGCCUGUUGAGAUACCGUCGAAGAGGAUCACCAAGAUUAUCGCCACUACGCAGUUUAUUCCGAGAUGAAUCCCCAGUGUUUGUAGACAAAGGGCUGACAAUGCUUGAAGAGGAGAGACGUCCAUGCACAGAAGAGAUGCCCGCUAUCCGAGAGCCAGGAGAACGAGGUGAUGAUGCCACUGAACGCGAUGGAUCAUCGAUGGAAGCAGUGGAUAUAUUGUCUGAUGUGGAAUAUGAUGUAGGAGAUAGAAAGCGUGUCACUUAUAUCGGAUUACCAUCAUCCUUUGAGAACAAAGUAAAAGAACCGAUGAAGAGAAGAGGACUUGUAGAACUAGAAGACGAUGGCCGUUCUAGGAAAGUUAUCGCUCAUAUUACCGUUGAAUAG